ACAUUGCCCUGAUGGAAACGUACAAUCGUUUCAGCCAAGCACAUAAUGCACAAAACAACGCAUAUGUUGCAUGUGCUUCGACUGGGAAGGCUGCCGUUGCGAUUGGUGGAACGACGGUCCAUUCUGCCUUCCGCUUGACUAUGUCACGCAGGAACAACGCAAAGUUGAGCUUCGAAAUCCUCCAGCUGUAUCGGAAUGCCUUCGCGCAUGUACAAGCAAUAAUUGUCGACGAGGUAAGCAUGAUCGGGGCUAAUAUCCUGGAUUCAAUUCACGCAAGGCUCCAGGAUAUAAGAGGAGAGUACGACGAUGCCUUCGGUGGAAUAGACAUUAUCCUUGUUGGAGACUUCCGCCAGCUGCCGCCAGUGAACGCUAGAUUUAUCUGGAAACCGCCAGCAAACUCCAUGCAUGGUGCUGUGUUAUGGCAAUCGCUCGAGUUUUAUCCUCUUGUCAGAGUCAUGCGGCAGAGUGACGAACAGUUUUCCACUGUCCUGACAAAGAUCGGAAAUGGAACUCGAUUAUCGGAUGAAGAAACGCAGCUUAUCGAAAGUCGCUUCCGAACGGCAGACUGGUGCAAGCAGAACGUUCCCAAUGCAAUUCGGCUCUUCCACCGAAACCUUGAUGUUGACCAAUACAACAACGACAUACUGAGGGAAACGGAUGGACUAGAUUGUUUGGCGGAGGAUGUUUUCAGUGGAUACCGUAGUGACGAGCAGUUGGCAAGUGCAAGGAACAAGCUUCACAAAAUGAGCGUUGUAGAAGCUGGUGGAUUGCCAUAUCUGCUGCGUCUCACCGUUGGAAUGCCGUACAUGAUAACUACAAACGUCGAAGUAGAAGAUGGCAUCGUCAAUGGGGCAAUUGGCGAACUCAUGUACGUAGAGCAGAGCGAGGAUGACCAUCAGCAAACAGUGCGGCUAUGGUUCAGAUUUGAGAACGAAUCAAUCGGAUCUAAACUGCGGAUUAAAUCGAGACCUCUCGUGUAUUCGAGACCCGGCAUCCUGCAACCAAACUGGACACCAAUUACGAAACGGUCAGCAAACAUUGCCCUCGGCAACAUGAAAUGCAAAAGAGUUCAAUUCCCUGUGGUUAGUGCAUGCGCCCUGACUGUACACAAAUCGCAGGGAGGAACCUUUCCGCAAAUCGUGUACCACUAUGACAAAGGACAAGAGCAACAACUGGUCUACGUCGGGCUCUCCAGAGUGUCGUCCUUGGAUGGUCUUUACUUGACUAACGCGAAGGAUGAGUUCAAGUUUCAUCACGCUAAAGGGAGCGAUUCGCCGAAGAUGAAGGAACUUCGAACGGAAAUGGAGCGUUUAUCCAACCAUCGCCUUACCACUCUCAGUGAUGAAUUGGUCGCAUUCGUUGAGAACAGAGGCUCUGGUGUCGUGCUGGUGUCAGCCAAUGUUCAGAGUCUGAACGCCCAUGCACAGGAUAUUGCCACGGAUCAUGUGCUGACGACCGGCGAUCUUCUGGCCUUGAGUGAGACGUGGCAGGAUAACGAAGUGUCGACGCAAAUCGAAGGGUUCACCAGCAUUUCCCAAUCUAAGCGGAUCGGGACAAGAGCGGCAGGUGUUGCAAUUUACCAGAAAACUGGGGCAACAAAUGUGGCAGUUCCGCAUUCGAUAGAGAAGGCUUGUGCAAGUCACGACGUAGAGCUAGGAUUGUCGGACGAAUACGGAGACGUUUGUGCUGCUGAGGUUCAGAUUAUGGGUACACGCACGCUCUUGAUCUCAUUGUACAUUUCGCCAAGCACCACGACCAAACAGAAGAAAUUCUUCCUGGCACGGAAUCUCUUCAUGUACAUGAGAUCGAGCAUGCCCAUCAUCGUCACCGGUGAUUUCAACAUCGACGUGUCCAAGGAAGAAAAUAUUGAAUUCGUCGACUUCAUGAAGCAAUAUCUUCACCUGGAAUUAGCCACAGAUCCUUCACAAGCGACCACUCUCGGAGGAAGCUGCCUGGACUUGAUCUUCACACGUAAAAUUCGUGCUGAAAGUAGGAGAUACUGUUCGUACUUCUCGUAUCAUCGGCCCAUUCUGUCAGUGCUUGCGUUUCCCAGUGAUUCGCAGUCAUCCACAAGCACUGAGUAAGGGUCGUGCAUCUCUGUCGGUGGUUUCAAACCAUUUAUUUUCCCGCAGUCAGGGCAUCUCUGCCGGUUGAGGGCUCUGCUUUCCUCCGGUUGAGCUCUGCCUUGUUCUUGCAGCUCAAGAACCACCACAGACACCGCAGACGUCCUUCAACCCGUCGUUGUACUUGAUCCACCUGUUCGAACAGUGCCGCCCCUCAUGUUGCUCCCAUCUAAGCGUAUUGGGCGAGGAUGAUUCGCAAACUGCGGUUCAAGGUCUUAAUCUUUGGUAAGCAUAUUUAUUCGAUACAUUCAAUUACAUUUCUAACACUUCUUCUCCUUCCUAAUCUGUUUCAGAACCU